UUAAUAUUUAGCUUAGAAACAAGAUUGGUGUCUAUUUUCAUGUCUGAUCUGCUGCUGUAGUGCUGCGCUGUUAUUAAGUUGCUAAUGUUUGCUAAUAUUGUUUACUCGAUUUUCACAGACAAUAAAUUAAUGACAUAAAUGAACACAUUAAGCCAGUAUUCCCUUGUAUUUCCAAUCUGUCAUUGCAUAUACAAUAAAAAUAUCUUUGAUGACUGUAAAAAACAUUUAUUGCAAAAUAUAGAGAGUACGAUUUCACAUUCUCGUUCAAACUACAAAUCAAAGAGUUUUUGUGAAGUAGCAGUUCUGUGGAGGCGUGUGUAGAAAUUGAUCAGAUUUUAUGUAUUUGCAGAAAAAAAAAUUGAUGUAAUAUAAAGAAAUAAAAGACUUAGAUAUAUAAAAUGUCAGGGAUAAAUAAUGUGAACAAAUCAAGACCUGUUGUGGCAGGAGUUGAUCUAAACAGUCCUGCACAGACAUUUAAUGUUGUGAUUGCAUUAUGUGGCAUUAUAUUUAUUUUGGCUUUGAGUUUUUUUUCCUGCAUUAGAUUAAAGCUACGUCAAAUCUACUCGCCUCGUUUGCUUUUAAUUGAACGAAAAUCUGUUCCUGGUUCCACUUCACAAUCUAUCUUCUCAUGGAUAGGACCAUCAUUUAAAGCUACUGAUCAAGAUAUCUAUGCUUUUUCUGGUUUAGAUGCACUUGUGUUCUUGAGAUUUAUGAGGUUAGUUUUGAAGUUUGCUCUGAUUACAUUGCCUUUUGGAAUGAUAGUUUUGUUACCUUUGAAUGUUUAUGGUGGCAAUCAGUUGACAGAUGGGUUAGAUAAGCUAAGUAUGUCAAAUGUUCAAAGUGGAUCUUCCUUGCUGUGGUUUCAUUGGAUAGCUGUUUGGGUAUACUCAUUUGUGGUACUUUAUUUAACUUUUCUUGAAUGGAAAGUAUAUACCACUUUCAGACAGAAUUACUUAAAGAAAGGUAUUAGCAAACAGUUCACUGUACUGGUACAGAACAUACCAGAAAAAAUUCGUAGCAAUGACGAUCUAAAGACUUUUGUAGACAAACUGUUUCCAAAACAUGUUGAGAGCGUCUAUAUGGUUAAAGACUUGAAUGUAUGGAGUAAGCUUAUUGAAAAGCAUGAUUCUUAUGUUAUAAAGUGGGAAGUUGCCAAGCUUUAUUUGGAAAAAAAUAACAAAAGAAUGACUUUAAAGAAAUAUCCUUGUGCAAAAGAAAGAGAUGCAAUUUCCGAAUAUGAAUUUGAGCUUCAGGAGAUUCAAAAUCAGUUAGCAGAUGAACAGUUUUCUUCAAAACAUCAAACAUUGCCAUGUGCAUUUAUUUUCUUCAAAUCGUUAAAAGGGCAAGCUAGUUCACUUAAAAGUGUAUGGGAUUCAAGUCCAUUUCAUUAUCAUGUUACACCUGCUCCUGAACCAAAAGAGAUUUUAUGGGGAAAUUUAGCUAUUCCUUUUUGGCAAAAGAGUUUAAGAAAUAUUGUUGGCUAUAUAUUUAUUUUUAUGCUUGUAAUAUUUUGGACAACACCUAUUUUGUUUAUUUCAUCUCUAACCAAAUUGAGUUCCAUUGCUUCAGAAUUAAAAUGGUUAGAUGAAUGGCAAGCUGGAACUUCAACUUUGGUUAUGAAUUUUAUUCAAGGAGUUAUCCCUGUUCUACUUAUUGCUAUAUUUUACAUUAUAUUACCUUAUAUUUUGAGAGCAGUUGGAAAAUUUCAAGGUCAUAUUAGCAAAAGUGAAAUUGCUCUUAUAACUUUUAAGUUUCUCUUUGUAUUUCAGACAUUUAACACAUUUUUCAUAUACAUUGUAUCGGGUUCAGUUCUUCAAGAUUUCCAGAAAAUUAUCAAUUCUCCUUUACAACUUCCAAGUUAUCUUGCUAAAUCAUUACCCAGUCAAGCUGGUUUUUUCCUUAACUAUAUAACACUUAUGUCUUUUGUUGGAUUAGCAAUUGAGCUGACUAGGAUUGUACCUCUUAUUGUUUUUACAAUAAAUAUAAAGUUUUUUGCACACACUCAACGACAAAUUCAAGAGGCUUGGAAACCAAAAGGAGCUGAGUAUGAAAUUAUGUAUUCUCAAGUGCUGCUUUUCUUCCUAAUUGGACUAUCUUAUUCAAUUCUUUCACCUAUCAUUAUUCCAUUCUUUGUGCUUUAUAAUCUUUUUGGAUAUAUUGUGUGGACCCAUCAACUGCUUUAUGUUUAUAUACCAGAUAAUGAUCACGGAGGAAAAUUUUGGCCAGAUGUUUUUUCCAGGAUUAUUGCUUGCAUGGUAGUGUUUCAGCUUCUUAUGAUUGGUGUAUUUUUGCUUAAGCAAGUCUGGUAUGCUGCUGCUUUCACAGCUCCAUUGGUCAUCAUAACAGUUGUUUUUUGGUUGUUAAUGGUUGAUAAAUUUCAACCAUGCAGCGAAUUUCUUGUUUUAAGUGAAGCUGUUGAUACAAAAGUUGGCGAGCGACGUUUUCUUGAGGCUGUUCGAAGAACAUAUAUUCGAAACUAUUCUAUACCGGACAUUUUUGAGCUAAGUACAGACAAUAAACUACCACCUGAUGAUUGGCUCCCUUUCAAUGAUGUAAGGGCGUUUUCUGAUGAAGAAUCGCAUGAUUUAGGAGAAAAUAGUACGUUAUUAUCGAAAUGAAAAAUCUAUUGUCUUCAUUAAUUUUUUUAUUAUCAAACACCAAAACAUUAUUUUGUGUAUAUUAAAGCAGACACGUCUUUGUACAUUUAUUUAAACAUAAUAUUUUCUAUUUAUUUAAAAGUU